AUGGGGCACGCUGUACACCAAUUCAAGGCUCUGUUUUGGAAAAAUUGGCUCUGCCGUGUGAGGCAACCGGUCCUCUCUCUUACUGAAAUACUGUGGCCAUGUGUACUUUUCUUGAUUCUAGCUGCCGUCCGCUUCCAGGAGCCCCCAAAAUACAAGGAAAAUUGUUACUUGGAAGCUCGUGAUUUACCGAGCCGGGGCCUUUAUCCUUUCAUGAGGACCCUUUUCUGCAACGUUGGUUCCAGAUGCAGGAAUACCAGCUACACAGCACGGAGGCACGGCCGCCUCGGUGCAAGCCCCCAAAGUGGUCCAGAGAGAGCCACUGGACCUGAUUUAGGCUUCAUGGAAGAGAUAGAAGAACUUGCAAAGGAAUUUAUUGAUACUACGGAGAAAGCCAUGGUCUUAGAGAAGCUAUGGGAAGAAAACUCAAGGCUCUCAGGGCUCCAUAACAUCACCACUUUUCUUACCAUGGAUUUGAAUGAAGCAGAGAAAAUUAUUUCUAGAGCAGAAAAUCUAUACAAGCAACCAUAUAUCUGGAACCUUCUGCAUUCACUCCCUCACCUUGAACUGAACAGCUUUUAUACAGAAGAAGAGUUAGCUACCAUUACAGAGUUUCUAAAAGUUAUUCAAAAUACCUUGGCAUCACUGAAGGAUUUACCUAUGAUGCCACUGGGCAGAAGUUUCUAUGAAGUGGUGAAAAUGGCACUGAAUUUGACUGCUGCAUCAAUACAGGAUAGGAGCUUAGAAGGUUUUCAAUACAAUCUUUCUUUUGGGGAUGUUUUGUGGAAUCCACUUGCUGUGAAAGCAGAACUUGAAUCCAGGUUUGGUUUUGAUGGCUCUCAUGUUGAGAAGCUCCUAAGUUAUACAGCACAAUUAACAGAGAUUCCCACAGGAGAGACACUGGAGCAGUUUGUGUGCUCUGCUCUGGCUGUUGUCCCAGAAGAUGAAGCAAACAAAGAGAAUAAUGGAGAGGGCUGUAAUUCUGCACAGCAUGAAGCCAGACUGUAUCUUGUUCAUGCUGUCAGCAAGUUUAAACUCUAUGCACAGAAUGAUGAUCUGAUUUUAAAUAUUAAGAACAAUAACGCUCUGUUAAAUCUUCUUUAUGAGACUUCAAAAAGCAUGUCAUCUUCUGAAGUAUGGCAUGAUUUGCAAAAUAAGGAACUAGUUUUUGAUUUUCUGUUUGAAACUUUUGAUCUUCUCUGGAACCUCACCAGUAAGUCUCUCUGUGAAAAGUUACUGUUAAUUUACAACUACACAGAGUUUCAGGCACAGUUGCUUGCACAGAACGGAAAAAAAGAUAUACAAGUUGUUUAUGACACUCUGAGCAGCCUUAAAACUUUAUUUAUAGAUGAAGAGCUGCAAACAGAUGUCUUAUGUUUUUUGGAAGAAUUUCUUGAUCUGCCUCCAGAAUGUCUGGUAAAUAAUGGGUGUGCUGAUUUUUAUCUAGCAAACAUGAGUUCUGUAGAACAUUCAGCAGAGGUUUAUGACUUACUUCUGCUUGCACUGGACAGUGUCCUGUCUAAUGUAAUGAACUUGGGAGAUAAGGUAAGUGUGCCUUCUGCUUUGCAUUGCACUUUCACAUGGCUUCAGGCGUGGACAGAGAUCUUUGAAGAAGCAUCAGAAAUCUUAAAUUUGAAUUCAACCUAUUUUGUCUGCCUAAGAGAUGAUUUGGCAUAUCUCUCUGCAAAUCUUUUAAAUGUAACUCAAGAUGAACUGUGCAAUAAUACAGCUAUGGCUGUUGUUGAAGCUACAGGAGCAGCAAUGAAGCUAUUAAAAGCUCUAUUUCAGGAACCAGGCAAUUUAAAUGACUUGAAAGAUUUUGAGGCUUUCCUUGUUAAUCUUCAAAUUGCAAUUAACAAUGCAUUUGAUGUCACAAACUUGCUUAAAGAUAGCAGUUUCGACAGUGUUUUAGAGACAAUGGGAGUCAUGAUAACUAAAAUGCAGAAAUCUCUACUAAAGAUUGUAAACCAAGAGUUUUUGAAUUCCUGGCUUGAUGCUUUCAUCUCAGGAGGAUCUGAGGGAGAAGAUAAGGGUGCUGGUGCAUUUUCCAUUGGAAAUUCCCUUUCUACUCUUCUUAAGCUCUCUCAAAAGGAACUUGAAAUUAUUCUUUCUGAGAUAAAUGACACAUCUGCUCUUUUAAAAAGUGUACCUCAAGACAAAUAUAUGGUUUGUAACAGCAUUUUCCAGAAUCUUACCAGACUAAUUUCGGAUAAUACUCUGAAAGAUAUACACUACCUGCAAACAAAUUUUUCAUCUUAUCUUACUUCCUUUUUAAACUUUCAUGUUAUAAUGGAUAAAGCAGAGGAUUGUAAUGCAUGGUUAUAUGGAUUAAGUAAUCUCACUGAAAAGUACAAGCCACCUUCCCACCUUGAAAGUGCAAAACAUGUUUUAUUUCUUCUGCAGUCUCUGGGAAAUGCUGAGACAGAUGCUAAGCUAAUGAAUGUGAUGGACUUCGUUAAUUUAGUUUUUAAUUUGACAAUCCCUGAAUGUUCCCUGGAUGGUUCUGAUGUGAUUUGUAUGAGUGUUUAUUUCAAUAUAGUAGCAAAAACUUUGAAAUUUAUUAUCCCUGAAUUUUAUGCAAAAGAUGACAUUAAUGUGCUUGAAUUUAUUUUUAAACUUUUAAAUCACUCUGGAGAGCAAAUGCAAACUGCUAUCAGUGAUUUAGUUGGGAGCUCAUUGUAUAUGUCAAAUAAGACCCAUUUUAGUCAGUCAACCCAUGGUUUUAACAGGACUGCAAGAAUGCCCCUUAAUCCUUUUCACCACAUUCAUCUUUUAUCAGCAGAACUUUUGUCAGAAAUUCAAAGUCUUCUGAAAAACAAAACUUUUGAAAACAGCUCCUCUCAUUUGGACAAUGAGAUUGAACCUUUCUUGCAUGGGAAAAAUAUCAGUUUGCUGAUGGAGUUCUUUCAACAUAUGAUUAGAAAACUUGACUCAAACUUGCAGAAUGAGCACAAAACAUUUCCUCAGAAACUGGUAGAAACAGCAGGUCUGGGUAUUGAACUGGUAAGGAAGGCACUUAAAAUUUUCAAAUCUCCUACUUUUACUGUCUUUCCAUCAAGAGAUGAAAAGGAAUUUCUGAAGUUUAUGGUUAACUUGGUGCAAAACAUGAGAAACAUGGAUGUUGAGUUUUUGAUAAGUAGAUUCAAACAGGUCCAGGAGAACCUAGAAAAUUUCUUUAAAAAUAUCAAACCUUUUUCUCCAGAGAACUCAGAGCUAGGUACUUUAGCAGACUGGUGGGAUGCAUUUGAGAACAUAUCAUGUUACUGGAACCUGACUGGUGUAUGGCAAAUAACACAGCUUUUUGAGCAAGAUGAGCCCUACAAUAUAGAAGAUGUGUUCAACCUCCUCUUCGAUGUUAUCAGCCUUACAGAAAGACUGGCUCAUGGAAACGUUACAGAAGCAUUAACUGAAAUAUAUGCUUUCAUACUGACUCAGGAAGAAAAAAUGCAGAUGUUUACUGAUGAGGAGUUCUCUGACCAAGUAGAAGAUCUUCUAACGUUGCUGGAGAUAUUGGCAGACAUCUCUGAUGAACCUGGAGAGGCUUCUGUUUGUUUAUCUGUGGCAUUCUGCUGGACUCUCACAACAGCAACACCUCUCACAACAGCAACACCUCAGAGUGAUCCCACUGUUCAACUUUGUGACUUUGUGCAUACCAAUUCUACUCUUCAUUACAAUGCAGUCAUUGAAGUCAUUAAAGAGCUUAAACUCAUCACUCUGGAUGACAGUUUUUCUUGCUCUAUGGAGGACAUUCAGAUGGAUAUCACUCGCAAUCUGACUUGCUUCUUUCAUCAGAUCAAAGAAUGGAACUCUAUAAUUUUGAAGUUUUCUGAGCUCCACCACAUAAAUAGCUCAGUUCUCAAAGAGCUGCUAGAUUUUUGGAAUGAGCUAUCCCUUUAUGCUGUGCCACUCCAGGUGAAUAAUACAGAUGCAAUCAAUUGCUCCUCCACACCAAAGAGCCAAAUGGCUUUACAAAUUGUAGAAACUCUGGGCAGCAUUUCAGUGUCAGAAAUGGAGAUGGCCAAAAGUCUUCUUGAACAGCUUGAUAAUCUUUAUGGUGGCCUAAGUUGGAACAGAGAGUCAAGAAUGUCACUUAAGAGUGCUCUUACUAAUGUUAAGAAUACGACCAGUGAAGUUUCUAGGCUCCUGAAUACUGAAGCUGUUCUUUCUUUUCUUUCUGUAAUUCAGCCUUUAAUGACACUGUCAUCUGUUGGAAACCAGACACAAGAAAUUCGUUUUUAUGGUGGCCUAAGUUGGAACAGAGAAUCAAGAAUGUCACUUAAGAGUGCUCUUACUAAAUCUUUAUGGUGGCCUAAGUUGGAACAGAGAGUCAAGAAUCCUUUAAUGACACUGUCAUCUGUUGGAAACCAGACACAAGAAAUUCUUUUGACAAUAUCAGCUUUAAGUGGGAACAUCAAUAUAUCUGACAAUUUAGAGAACUUCUGGUUUCCUGUAGUUACAAGCAUAGAAAAUUUAUUGGUGAAUUUUAGUGUUAGACACUUACUUGUGGUGAUAAAUCAAGAGCUUCAAUUACUAAAGUUUGCCACUGGACAAUCCUCUUCCAUGGCUCCUGAUGUUUUACUAGAGCAGUUUAACACAUCAUCUGUAGAUGCUAUAUCAAGAAAUUUGGAAAAUAUACAAGACAUUGUGAAGAGCAUUCUAUGUGAGUGUAACAAUAAAAAUUAUUCCAAAAUAAUGCAUGCUCUAAUUCUCCUUAUGACCAAUGAAAGUUCAUCGAAUGACCUACUGCUGGCUGUCAAAGAUAUUAUUUCCUUUCUGGAGCUAUUUCAAAAUAAGACUAAGGAGGACUAUGCUAGUAUGUUGUUUGCUGACAGUCAUUUCAGCAGAGAGAAAUUGAAUAAUACUCGUGCUGCUUUUUCAGUUUUGUUAAACAGCCUCAUUCAUGCAAUUGCUGAGCUUGAUGUUGUGGAAGAAACUUUGCAUACAAACAGUACUGAGCUUCAUAAAGUUGACUUCAUUGAUUCAUUUUUUAAUAAUGCACCAUAUAGAGAUGCUUCUACUCAGUCCCAAAGCAGAGCUCUGGAGAUCAUGCAAGAGAUUUUGCAAAUAAUAUUUCAAUCUACUGCAGAACAUGACAGAAAGAAAAUAAAACUCUUACUAAUGAGUUUGCUGGAGGAUGUAAUGACAGAACUGAGAGCAUCUAAAAUCUGCAGCAUUCUUCAGGAACGUUUGUACCCUGGUAGUGUCGUACUGUUGCAGAAAUUGCAAUUUACCAUUUUGAAUAUCCUCAAAAUCUUUUCAGAAGAGCCCACUGUCUUUAGCAACACUUUCUGUGCCAUUGCAAAGUGUAAUGAUGGAUUAACAAGUCACUUGCUCCUCACUGUCUUUGAAGGGAUUGCUGUGGUUCACGAUCAUUAUCAGGAUGUUGGAAGAUAUUUGCCUGCUUUCAACAAGGGGGAUUGUGAAAGUAUGGCAUAUAUAAACCAAAAGCUUUCCAGUGCUUUGGAGAACUUUGUGGGAGCCUUACAGAAUACCAGCAGUGACAGCUGUGAAUGCCAGCUAACGUUGGGGAAUAUCCAGAGACGACUGCAAAUGGUCACUGAACAUCUGGAGCUACAAUUGCCUGAAAAUCCAGCGGUGGCUUUCCUCAGCAAUUUUAAUCUUGUGAACGAUGUAAAAGUCAAAGAUUUUGUUCGGAACAUUACUCAAUUGAGGCUGGACCUUGGGUCCUCUGUUAAUAUUUCUGAAGAAACUCUCAAUACCCUACUGGAAGCCAGUGUCUCUCAUACAGAGGUUCUUUACAGUGCCUUUGUGGUAGCCUUAACUGGAAGAUGUGAUGAAGAAGUACUUAGCCUACUGCUAAAGCUGCCUGAAAACAAUAGAACUUCCCUGGUAGUGGAAGAAUUAUGUUCUUUACCAGCACUGGACUUGUAUACCAUGUUUGUAUUGAUUAUACAAAAUUUGAAUGUGCGUCACAUCAUGUACAAGGUCCAGAUACCACCUGAGAUAGGCAAUGUAUUAAAUAUGCUACUAGAUGUGGUUUCUAGUAUCAGUUCACUUCUCAACAAAGUUCACCAUGUCAUGGAAAAGCUUCCAGUGUUCCUCCAAGGAAUUCAAAAUAUUGGUGUGCUUGACAUCUCUGCAUUGCAGCAGUUUUUGCAAGGGGGGCAGUUCAGAAGUUCAGCUGCUGGAUCCCUGGAGUCUGUAAUCAAGACAGUGUGUAAAGAAGAAUCUUCAUUUUUCAGCAGUGCAAACCUGUUCAUAGACAUGCCCAGAAUCAUGGGACUUUUGGAGGACAAUAUGGCAAAAUACGGCAUCCCUGAAGACUCAACUCCUUUUUGCUUGAAGCUUUAUCAGGAGAUUUUGCAGGCUCCUAAUGGGGCUUUGCUGUGGACCUUCCUGAAACCUUUAUUACAUGGGAAGAUACUGUACAAUUCAAACAUCAACAUGAUUGACCUGGUGAUGGAGAAGGCCAAUUUCACUUUUGGUUUUGUGGAAAACUUGAAGACUUAUUCUGAGACGUGGCUCAGGAUGUCUGAGGUUUUCAAAACCAGUAGAAAUGUUCUCACAGUCUCACGACUGCAGGAAGCCCUGCAAAACAAUUUUGUAAAGCAUUUCAUAGAAAGUAAUUUGGAUAUCAACAUGGAAAAACUCCUUAAAAAAAUGCAAACAUAUGAAACUAUGACGAACAAGAUGCUUAACAGCUCAGCAAGUAAACAGAUCGACCUGUUGGCACAGCUUGUUGUAAAUAUCUCUUCCUGUGUGUUACUGGACCGCUUCCAGCCUUUUGACUCUAUAGAGAAAUUGGAGGAGAAGGCUCAUGAGCUCAUGCAGGAAAAUAAUCUUUUGGCUAGUAUCAUCUUCAAUACACCAGAGGACAAGAAGCAAGAUUCUAGCAAUCUCCUUCCAAGACACGUUUCAUAUACCAUUAGAACCAGUGUUCUCUACAGCAUGAGAACAGAUUUGAUUAAAAACCCAACAUGGAAAUCCCAUCCCCACAAAUUGCCAGCUGAUGGGUUUAAAUACAACCAUGUCUUUAUUCCUCUUCAAGACAUGAUUGAAAGGGCAAUUAUUUCAGCACAGACUGGGACAGACACCUCAGAGACAGCAAUUCAGGUGCAAGCCAUGCCUUACCCUUGUCAUACCAGUGAUCUAUUCUUGAACAACAUAGGGUUUUUUUUCCCACUUAUGAUGAUGUUAACGUGGAUGGUUUCAGUUGCUGGUAUGGUUCGGAAGCUGGUUUAUGAAAGAGAAAUUCACCUUGAGGAGUAUAUGAAGACAAUGGGUGUGUAUCCAGCCAUUCAUUUCUUUGCUUGGUUUUUGGAGAAUGUCAUUGUGCUUACAGUAAGCAGCUGUGCUCUGGCCAUCAUCUUAAAAGCAAGUGGUAUCUUUGCUUAUAGCAAUGGUUUCCUUACCUUCCUUUUUCUCCUGGAAUUUGGAGUAACAGUGAUCAUGUUAAGCUAUUUUUUGGGAGCGUUUUUCAGCAGUGCCAAUACAGCAGCUCUGUGUGCCAGCCUUGUCUAUAUGAUCAGCUUUUUACCCUACAUAGUUUUGUUGGUCUUGCAGAACCAGCUGAGUUUCACCAACCAGAUUAUAAUGUGUCUUCUUUCUACAACUGCCUUUGGGCAAGGAAUAUUUUUCAUUACAUAUUUUGAGGGACAAGAAAUAGGAAUUCAGUGGGAUAAUGUGCACCAGUCAAUGGCACAAGGAGGAUACAUGACCUUUGGAUGGAUGUGCUGGAUGAUGUUCUUUGACUCCAUUUUAUAUUUUGUAGGUGGCUGGUAUUUCAGCAAUAUUAUUCCUGGUAAAUCUGGAUUAAAAAACCGAUGGUACUUUCCCUUUACUGUUUCCUACUGGAAGAACUUGUGUGGUGCAGAGAGAAGCAAGAGACAUUAUCUGAAUUCUAAUAUGUUUUUCUUCAACGAAAACUUCCAAGAAAAAGAAUCAGCACCUCAGAGUUGGAAGGUUCCUUGCACUGAAGGAGCCACCAUUGGUGUCGUGCUGCUGUCCCUCACCAAAGAGCACAUGGAUGGUCAGAAAGCUGCUGUUAAAGACCUCAACCUCACUUUCCAUAAAGGUCAGAUAACAGCACUCUUGGGACCUAACGGAGCUGGAAAGACAACAGUUAUAUCCCUGCUGACUGGUCUGUACCCACCGAGCUCUGGUACCAUUAUUGUUGAUGGGAAGGACAUAAGGACUGAGCUGGCUGCCAUCAGGACAGAGCUGGGUGUUUGUCCCCAGUACGAUGUCCUGUUCAACGCGCUGACGGUGCGAGAGCACCUCCUGCUCUACGGGUCAGUGAAGGCACCUGGCUGGACAAGGGAACAGCUGAAUGAGAAAGUCAGUGGAGCUCUGGAAGAUGUGGAUUUAUCCCAACAUCAGUACAAACCAGUUGGAGCCCUUUCAGGGGGAAUGAAAAGGAGGCUGUCAAUUGCCAUCUCCUUCAUUGGAAACUCAAAGACAGUCGUUCUGGAUGAGCCCACCAGCGGAGUAGAUCCAUGUUCUCGCCGUAGCAUCUGGGAUGUUCUGCUGAAGUACAAAGCUGGUUGCACGCUGAUCUUCACCACUCACCACCUGGAUGAGGCCGAGGUGCUCAGCGAUCGCAUCGCCAUCCUGCAGCGCGGCCAGCUCAGGUGCUGUGGCUCUCCCUCCUAUCUCAGGGAGACCUAUGGCCAGGGACACAGUCUGACACUCAUCAAAAAGCCCUCUGUGUUUGAAAUCCAGGACCCUAAGCACAUUGUUCAGGUCACAUCUCUGGUACAGACCCACAUUCCAGAAGCCUUCUUGAAAGAAAACAGUGGAACUGAGCUGACCUAUGUGAUCCCAGAAAGGGCAGAUAAAACCUCUUUUAAAGGUCUUUUUCAAGCUUUAGAUCAAAGUCUUCAGCAUCUACAUGUGACUGGCUAUGGCAUUUCUGACACAACUUUGGAAGAGGUUUUUCUGAAGCUGCUGCAGGACUCAGAGAAGAAGCCCUAUGUUCCACGGGCAGCACACCUGGACCAUACAAAUGGUGCUGAAUCAGUCUAUAUUUCCCUCGCGGGAGCCUCGAGUGUGCGUGGAGCCCGCCUUGUUCUCUCACAGAUUUUUGCCCUUCUGGUGAAGAGGUUUCACCACACAAGGCGAGACUGGAGAGGAAGCCUGUCAAACGUGCUGCUGCCCGUCCUCUUUGUGGCACUGGCAAUGGCCCUGUUCAGUGUGAAGCCGCUGGCUAUCGAUUAUCCUCCUCUCAAGCUGACACCAAGACUGUACGACAGUGCAGAAUCCUUCUUCAGCACUGAAGAUGAUAACCUAGGAAAACUUUCUCAGGUUCUACUGGGUUAUUUCUCUGAUUGGGACCACACAUGCACACAUUCACAGCACAGAAAAAAUAAUUCAUGCUGGCAGAUGGAAUUUAUGUCACCUCAGGAUUCAUGCAGAUGUGUGUCUGAACAGGAGAUGUGCCCAAGUUUCAAUACCUCUGCUCCCUAUGUGAAGAAUAAAAAAGGACAUAUUUUGUAUAAUCUUUCAGGGUUCCCUAUAGAAGAAUAUUUAGUGAGGUCCUCCAACAAAACCAGAUAUGGUGGCUGGUCUUUUGGAGGGGUGAAAACAUUUGAACUUCAAGAUAAAAAAUUGAAUAGCACCAAUUCUCAGCCUCUGGCUAAGGUGUGGUAUAACCAAAAAGGUUUCCAUUCACUGCCGUCCUACUUAAAUGAACUCAAUAACUUCAUUCUGUGGCUGAAUUUACCUUCUAAUGUGGAUUGGAGACAGUAUGGGAUAACACUCUACAGCCAACCAUAUGGAGGAGCCUUGUUGGAUGAGGAUAAAAUAAUGGAGAAUGUCCGUCAGUGUGGGGUAGCACUGUGCAUCAUGCUGGGUUUCUCCAUCCUCACUGCAUCCAUUGGAACCUCCACAGUGAAAGACAGAGUAUCUGGGACAAAACGCUUGCAGCACAUCGCAGGCCUGGGCUACAAAACUUACUGGCUUGCUCACUUCUGCUGUGAUAUGCUGUUUUACAUGGUUCCAGUCACCCUGUGUGUUGGUGUUAUUAGUGCCUUCCAGCUAUCAGCCUUCACUUUCCGAAAGAACUUGGCAGCCACUUCUCUCCUGCUGAUACUCUUUGGAUAUGCAACUUUACCUUGGAUGUAUCUUGCAUCCAGAUUCUUCUCAAGUGCAGAUGUAGCUUUUAUUUCUUAUAUCUCCUUAAAUUUUGUGUUUGGCCUGUGUACAAUGCUGGUGACCCUCUUACCUCGCUUGUUAGCUAUAAUUUCCAAAGUGCAGAGUUUUCAGAACAUCUACAAUAUCCUCAAAUGGGCAUUCAUCAUAUUCCCACAGUUCUGCCUAGGCCAGGGUUUAAUAGAGCUUUCGUACAAUCAGAUCAAGUUCGACCUGACCAGGAACUUUGGAAUAGAUUCUUAUGUGAGCCCCUUUGAGAUGGAUUUCCUGGGCUGGAUUUUUGUGGAAAUGUCCCUUCAGGGAACGCUACUACUUCUUUUACGUCUUUUCCUUCAUUGGGAUCUCCUCUGGAAACCAAGGGGUCAUUGCUCAGUUACCAGCUUGGACAACCCUUCAGAAGAUGUUGAUGUAGAAAUGGAGCGGCAGAGACUCUUUGGUGGAAGAACUGGUAAUGAUGUCCUACUUCUGUAUAACCUCAGGAAGUGUUACGGAGGUUUCAGUAAGAAGAACACUGCUGUGGAAAACAUAAGCUUGGGCAUACCAAGGGGAGAGUGUUUUGGACUCCUGGGAACAAAUGGAGCUGGGAAAAGCACAACAUUUAAGAUGCUGACUGGAGACAUCAUCCCAUCUGCAGGACGUGCUGUUAUCAGGACUCCUGCUGGGUCUGAAAUGGAUAUACUCUCUGCUAGCUCUGAAGGUAUUCUUAUUGGAUAUUGUCCACAGCAAGAUGCCUUGGAUGAACUUUUAACAGGUUGGGAGCAUCUUUAUUAUUACUGCACACUGCGUGGAAUUCCAAAGCAGAAUAUCCAUAAGGUUGCAGAGGACCUUGUUGACCGGUUACACCUCAACGCCCAUGCUGACAAACUGGUGAGGACCUACAGUGCUGGCACCAAGAGGAAGCUCUCCACUGCUGUGGCUUUAGUUGGGAAACCCCAAAUACUUUUACUGGAUGAGCCCAGUUCUGGGAUGGAUCCCUGCUCUAAACGCUACCUUUGGAAAGCUAUCCUGAAGGAAGUUCAGGAUGGUUGUGCAGCUGUGCUCACAUCCCACAGUAUGGAAGAAUGUGAAGCUCUCUGCACAAGGCUUGCUAUUAUGGUCAAUGGAGCUUUCAAGUGUCUUGGUUCUCCCCAGCACAUUAAAAACAGGUUUGGAGAUGGUUAUUCUGUCAAGGUUUGGCUUAACAAAGAGAUAAGUUAUGGAAGAAUGAUUUUGGAUUGUCUACAGUUUCAUUUUCCUGGAACGCAGUUUAAGGGACAACAUCUUAACCUGCUCGAGUACCAUGUACCAAGAAGUCAGGGAUGUUUAGCAGAGCUCUUCAGAGUCCUAGAGAAUCACAAAACAUUUCUCCAAAUCAAACACUACUCUAUUAGCCAAACCACAUUGGAGCAGGUAUUCAUUAAUUUUGCAACACAGCAACAAGGAAUCUCACCUUCUUCACAAGGAUCUCCUGUUGUUCAUCAUGAUUGUCUCCCAGUCUAGGCUCAGAACAGGAUACAGCUUCAACAUAAUGUGUGUGUGUGUGUGUGUUUGCCUAUAUGUACACACAAGCUACAUGUAAUAACUUUUCAACUGUGAGCAAUUUGUGUAAGAGAAACAAACAGUAGAAGCAGAGGUGAGUUUUCAUCAGUAGGCCGGAAGGAAUGGUACCAGUUUUUGAUUAAGCAAGAAACUGAUUAUAUAUGGACCAAAAAUAUGCCAAAGAAGUAAUAUUUUCUUAAUUUAACUGGAAUUUAGAAAUACAAAUGGCCUAAUUAAUGUGGAGGGAAAAAAAGGCUGAUCUGAAAUGUCAGUGCAUAGUAGAUUUUAUUUUUGGGAUGGUUCUGCAUUUGAUUAUAGUACUUUCCUACAUGCACACUUAAUAUAUAAUUUUUA